UCGAUGCUAUGCGUUGGGUGGUUCUGAGGUCGCGUCUCUGUCACCAACGGGGACACGUUUGCGUACGUGGUGGACUCCGACUCCUCCAACCUUAUCCCUCCCCAUCUUAUUCAAUCUCAUCACACUCUCUCGUGAUCUUUGGGGGUGUGUUUUCUGGCAGAGCAAGAGACAGGAAGACCUGCCGGUUGGUCCAUCGAUCGAUUGACAGCAGCGCCACCGGAGCCGGAGAGCAGGAGGUGUAAAGGAAGAACAGGAGCUGGAGGAGGAGGAUGUCUUCUUUGGUGAUCUCCAACGUGGGGCUGAAGGACCACGUUAGUCUUCCCGCCUACCUCCAUGCAGAGGAGGAGAAGGAGCAGACUCUGGUGGAGGUGGUGAGGAAGAGGACCUUAUUCUGCCUGGAAGAGGAGGAGGAGGAGGAGGACUCCUCGGAGAGCUCUUCCAUCGGGGCUGCGUCGUCCUCUUCCUCGGACAAGGAAGGUGAAGGAGUUGGGGAGGGAGAGGAGGUGGAGAGCAAGAAAGGCGAAGGGGCUUUCGGUUCCUUGGAUACCCUGGAAGAGUCUCUUCCCAUCAAGGGAGGGCUGUCAAAUUUCUUCUCAGGGAAAUCCAAAUCAUUUGCGAGCUUAUCGGACGCAGCAGCCAACGCAAAUGCCAACGAGCUCGCCAAGCCGGAAAACCCCUUCAACAAGCGCAGGAGAAUUCUCAUGGCGUACAAGGCAAGAAGAGCUUCCUACGGAUCGCUCAUCUCUGCAUCCACGUAUCUGCCAUCGCUCCCCUCAUCAGACCACACCGUCCCUGAAGGCGACGAAGAGGAGGGAGAGAGAUGCGGUGGAGACCUGCUCUCGGUGCCUCCCCUCCCCAGUCACGGCAAUGCUUUCGGAUCAUCACCUAGGUGCUUUUCCCUUUCCGAUCUCCGACAUGUUUGACCAGUAGUACAUGUAUGCAAUGAGCAUCAAGCCGACGGUGAAGAUAAUAAUUAUAUGAUCGAACGCAAUCUAACCAAAGUUUAGCUGUAAGACAAUGGGAGGCACGAGUGAUAUAUCUUCUUCUUCUUCUUCUCGUGUUAUGGUCACUGUGUAAAGAGUUAUGAUAAGAGAUAAGGUUUAGAGGUCAUGAGGGACCACAGCAAUGUGCAUGGCGUGGUGGUCUUAUCCUUUCCCACCUUACCAGCUAAGAGAUAUGCCUGCUUCGUA